CACCAAUCUGAUUGCGCGCAAUGUCCGCUCAGCCUAUCGUCGACCCGCAGAACCCUCUUUACUGUCCUUCAAUUCCAGCUAAUAUCUAUCUCGAUCGAGUCCUACUUCCCAUACGGAAUCAACCCGUAAAACCCCGCUCUCACAAGGACAAUGCCAACGUUCUCUCUUCCAGAAUACACAAGAAUUCGCUAGCACGUCGCACCGCACCCGUCUCUUCUUUCGUUCACAUGCUAGGUCGCUGGCUUCAGGCUAAGCAAAGAGAAGAGUUAUCUUCUUCAAACAAUUGUUUAGAUUUCGGAAUUCCGACUCAGGUCGAAGGGAUGUUACACGGUGAUAGGUUUGGUAGUCGUCAAGGUCAACUCCUAGUGAGACAGCAUGGUCCACGCACGAGAGCCCAGGCUCGGAUGCUCAACGAAGAACAUGUUGGAAUCGGAUUCGAGCCUCCUAAUGCGGCGUCUAGCCCCAAAAUGCCUACGAUCUCAGUCAAAAGUAACACCUACAGGGUACCAAGAAAUUCCGGCCCUGAUUCGGAAGUUUUCGUACAACCGCUUUGGGAUGCAGCACGCUCAUCAUACUCAAGAAUUGAUUCACCUACAUUUUCAGUAGCUUCCAGCAGCGACAACGAAGAUCACAAUGUCGAUUUCUUCCCUCCUGGUUUGGGCGAUGACCAAAACCUGGUCGGAACUGUGCCAACUCCACAAAUGUCUCUCAAACGUGCCCCAACUACCGUGAAAGCUCCUCCUUUUGUAUCGAUAAAGAAACCAGAAGCUCGACCGCGUGCUGUAGAUGACUCUGAUGCUCAAACUGAUGUUCCUCGGUCUGGAUCUAAAGCUCGAUCCUCAAUCAACAAGUACAUGUCGCGCAAACGAAAGCUUGAAGAGCUCUUCCCAGAACUUCUGAAGCUAAACUCUGAACGUGACGGAGCAAAGAGGCGGAGAGGAACAUGGAACACGCCUUCACUAGCCGAUGAAGAAAGCGAUACAUUUGGUGCAGGUAUUCCGGAACGUCCGCAUCUGUACGGUCGCAAGAUGAUACUUUCUCCGGGACCAAAGAUUGAGGUGUCGAACACGAAAGAGAUUUCGUCAGAGCAGCGGAUUAAAUUGUUGGAAGACGCCUUGUAUGGACAGCAAAUCGGAACGGAAUCUCCAAGAGGAUACGGCGUUCUUCUAGACAAGCUGGACGUCAUGAUGCCUGGAAUCCGUUUAAAAGAAAGGCUUUUGAAAGAUACUUAUUCGAGCGAUCUAGUGUCCUUAGGUCCGCAGGUGAACAAUGUUGACCGCUUGGAUUUGGGCCGUCAACCGUCGAAUAACGGUCGAGGAAAAAUGAGAGAGCGGAACCACCAAGGCGUCGCGGAUUUCCUUGGGGAACAAGGGCUACUCAACGAAGGGGUAAUGGAAAUGCUGAGAACCUCAGAGAUCCGACGCUUGGAGAUGGCACCAACGCUGGCUGACGAAGACGGCUUGAAUCUCGGAGGAAAGGAUGCGUUCAAGGUGUUUGCCAAGCCGAAUAGUUUCCUCUUUCUAGCUGAAAUUUCAUUCUCCGGGACGCCUAUCAACGAUGUGGACCUCCUGCAUCUCAUCCGUCUACCGAAGCUGAAGCGGCUUUGGCUUGAAGAUACUGGGAUUGGCGAUCAGGCCAUAUAUCAUUUGACCGGUCUUCGAAGCACCCUUUGCACCCUAUCCGUAGCGUCUAAUCCGCGUAUCUCAGAUGACUCCGUUCCUGCGCUGAUAUUGUUAGCGAGACUUCAGUUUCUGUCUCUAAUCGGCACUGGGAUCGGGAUGGUUGGUUUGAGAAAGCUGGCCAGUGCCGUUAAUCGAGAGAAAAGAGUCAUCGACGUUGAAAUCCCCGAAAAGUGUGAGACUUAUGUCGUUAACCUUGAAACCAACGCUCGCUACCUGCUCCAUAUCCAACCUCCUUUGAUCAGUAUUCCUUCUCUUUGUGAUCAGUUGUCGAUCGGCGCGUUGAAGAGGAACCUUGAGGCUCAUCUGGCCGUUUUAGCCGCUGGAGUGCAACCACCAGUCGUACAACCUCAGUUUCGACUUCCCGGGGCUUCUGUCACCGCCGUAACCGAGAUAUCGGAUUUCAUGACCAAGGAAGAGAUGAGGGAAAGACUCUCAGGCAUUCUCAGGAUGAGAGAAGUAGAUCUCUUGGUUAAGGGAAUGGUUUUUGGUUGAGCCUCAAGUGUGUUGCUCGGUCCCGCUGUGCUCCUCGGACUUGUUUGCGACUUGAUUUUCCCGCCCCUUCAUCCCUUUCUUUGCUAUCUCGUUGGUUAUAGUACUUUAAAAAGACUCGCCUAAAAAAACUCGCCGUCGUGCACAUGUCUUCUGUUCCCGCUCGCUGUUCUUUGUCUCACCUGUUCCGUCAUGCACCUGUUUUGUCCUGCCUUGUCGUUUAUUUUGCAUCACACUGUUCACCGUUCGCGUUCUCAUAUUUGUUACAAUUUCAAUUGUCGCGACAACUUUCAUCCCCGCC